AUGGAAACCGCAAAAGGGAUGCAUAUAGAUGGACCGGCUGUUCAACAAUUAUAUGAUGCGUCUGCCCCACCAACCAUAGAGCUUAUGGAGGGAGUUAUAGGGAGCAUGCAACAGAGGCGUGACACAUGCAGGGAUUGUGCUUACGAUUUCAUUCCACCUUCCUACAUAACAGGACUCAAGAGAGACUAUGGUGCUUUUGUUUUAUGCUCUGACAAGGAUACCUUCUCCGUCUCUGAUGCAGUCCGACUUCCACUUCCUAACCGCCCGAACAUUGUAGCAGAUGUAACUCAACUGUACUGCCCUUACAUGAUAGAUGGGAAACAUUGGGUUGGAGUUGUUAUUGACCUAUCGACUAGGUCGAUUACCGUUCUCGACUGUAACACUGCCUGCGUAACUGUUGCUGAAAUGGAGAAUUAUCUGCAACCGCUAUCUGCUAUGCUACCAUAUAUUAUACGUCACGCGUGUGAUGCAGAUGCAUCUAAUGCACUACCAGGCACUCCAUUUCCUAUAAAACGGCUUGACAUUUCCCUACUUUGUGAGGCUCCAGGUCUAUCGGCAGUUGCUACACUCGCGUUGAUUGAGCUCCACGCAACAAACCAACUUCUUGCAGCCGGUGACAUAGAUGAUGAGACAUUGCGUACUGCAAGUAGAAAUUACGCAGUAUCACUGUGUGAGUACCUGGAAGCAACUGAUAACACUUGA